AAACCCGUAUUUGAAAUUUGGAAACUCAUUCUGGAAUUGUUUCUUCGAAUAUCAACAAUUAUGUCCACCUUCGCUUUCUUGUUACUUUGCAUCCAGGCUUGCCUGAUCCAAAAUGCUUACAGUAACCCUCUAGGCCUUCCUCCUGGUUUGGGAUAUGGCCCUGGACUCGGCUAUGGCCCCGGAUUCGGUUAUGGAGCAGGAUAUGGUGCAGUCGGUGAAGUGGCUGCCGUUGAAGUUGAGUCUGUAAGCGUGGACUCUUACGGAAUUGGUGGUUAUGGCGGACUUGGCCCAGUUGGACUCGGCCCAGUUGGACUCGGCCCAGUUGGACUUGGCCCAGUUGGACAUGGCCCGAUUGGACUCGGCCCAGUUGGACUUGGCCCAGUUGGACCUGGCCCGAUUGGACUCGGCCCAGUUGGACUUGGCCCAUAUGGAAUUGACCGAGUUGGACUCAGUGGAUACGAAUGGGAAGCCGGGUACGGUUUGGGAGCCACCGGUCUAGGACUCGCGGGUGCCAAUAUUGGAGCCAUCGGUGUUGAACGAGUUGGUCUCGGCGCAAUCGGCCUACCUGCACCUCAUGUACCUGUGGCCAAAACUGGCUACGGCGGUAUGGGCAACGGUGUGAUCGAAGUGUUUGCUGAGAUGCCAGCCACCGGUACCGCCCUCGUGGGCGGCCAAGUGCCAGUGCUCGGCGCUGUGGAAUUCGCUGGUAUCCUGCCCGCUGCUGGCGCCGUGUCCAUCAGUGGAAACUGUGGGUGCGGUCUCGGUUACGAUAACAAAGUAAUCGCUAAAAAAUUUCCGGACGCGAAUAUCAGACCACUGGCUGGUAUAUCACCGCUGAAUUCUACAAAACCAAUUACCGGUACCUGGCCGUUGACGGACGUUACGCCAGUAACUGGGAAAUUACCUCCGACACCUAUAGCUCCGUUUCCAGUACCACCAUAUGCUGCACCAGGAGGUACUAUCCCAUGGCUGGCAAAACCAACUUCAGUGAUACCAAUUCCAAUGUUGUCAAAACCAAGACCGGCAUUAACGGCAGCUACUGGUGCAGUAGUGAUCUCAGCAGCUCCAAAAGAUCCAAUUCCAGUAUUACCAAAGCCAAACUUAGCUACAUCUAUUCCGCCUAGUGCUACUGUAUUGAGCUCUCCUAAGCCGGUAGUGCCGAGUAGAUUAGCAGUAUUUAUUUUAGAAUCAAAUCCAAGACCGAGAUUUCCGAGUCCAGCUGUAUUUACUUCGAGUCCAAGUGUAUUACCAAAUCCGUGUCUUAUAGCACCAAAAUCUCCCAGGCCUGUCAAGCCUAGUCCGAAAGGGUUUACAUCUUUGCUUCCUAUAUUAGGACAUCCGCCAAUUUGUGCAUUCAGUCAGUUGGCAUUUGGAGGGAUUCGUCCAUCUACCACAGCAGCUGUUAGUGGUACUUCGGUAGUCGACAAUACCGUUAUUGUUAAUAACAACGCAGGUAUUGGUGCAGGUUGGAUUAACGAUGGCUUGAUAAACUCUGGCCUCGGCUUAGCUAAUACUGGCAUAGUUGGAUCUGGCAUUGGCUUGGCCAACACUGGUUUGACUACUGCUGGCAUAAUUGGAUCUGACAUUGGCUUGGCCACCACUGGACUUAUUGGCAAUGCUAUUGUACCUCCGGUCAACACUAAUUACCUCACUCUAGCUUCAUUCUCUAUAGGAGAUGUUUUUCCCGUCACUAGCUACUCUGCUAUGAUCCCAACUGGUCUUACUGUUGUCUCGGAAAACGUCAUUGAAGGACCAGUAGCCAUUGCUGGACAGCUGCCGUUCUUGAGCGCUGUGGCGUUCGAAGGUACACUGCCGACUGAAGGUGCGGGCACUGCUGCCUGCGGCUGUGGUAGCAGUGGCAACGUUGGCAUUAUCAGCGAGAGUUACGGACCAAUCGCUCCCCCAGCUCUGGGUGGACUUGGCGUAGGAUCUGGAAUUGGUGUUGGCGCUGGUUUAGGCCCUAAAGGUGGUGUUUGGUACUGAUAUAUUACUUAAAUUUUAACAUUAUAUAUAUAAUAAAUUUAAACAAAUAAAUUAUUUUAAAUUACA